UUUUGUUUCUUUUCUCCCCACAUCGUGAAAAAAAAAUAAAAAACACUCUAACUCAAUCGUGCCGACUUCGGUGUUUCACUCAGCACUUAGCAACUACCAUCUCUUCCCCUCAACAACUUUCCUUAUUAAAUCCUUAAACCUCUCAACGACACCAAUUUCGUUUCAUUUCCUUCAAAUCACAAUACCCAUCUCACCGAUAAUUCCCAAGCCACUCUCUCUCUAUUCAUUCAUUUCACUAUUUCUUUCUCUUAACAGAACAAGAUGCAACUUGAUCUCGAAUCAUUGUCUGAAGCUACUUCUGGAGCAAUUGGAUCCCUUGUCAGCACCACCGUCUUGUACCCACUUGAUACUUGUAAGACCAAAUAUCAAGCUGAAGUUCAAGCUCGUCAUCAAAGAAAAUAUAGGAGAAUUUCUGAUGUUCUAUGGGAAGCAGUUUCUAAACGUCAGGUGCUUUCGUUGUACCAAGGCCUUGGGACGAAAAAUGUCCAAUCCUUCAUUUCAUCGUUUAUUUAUUUCUAUGGAUACAGCUACUUUAAGAGACUAUAUUUGAAAAAAACUGGAAACAAGAACAUUGGAACAACAGCAAACUUGAUUGCCGCUACUAUGUCUGGCGUUUGUACUAUACUAAUAACACAGCCCUUAGAUACAGCAUCCUCAAGGAUGCAGACAAGUGAAUUUGGAAAAUCCAAGGGACUAUGGCAGACCUUAUCAGAGGGUACUUGGAGUGAGGCAUAUGAUGGUCUGGCUAUAUCUAUUCUUUUAACAACAAACCCAUCUAUUCAGUAUACUGCAUUCGAUCAGCUGAAAAACAGACUACUAAAGGGAAAAGGGAGCAAGAAAACAGAUGCAAAGUCGUCCCCAGAAUCGCUGUCUGCAUUUAAUGCUUUCUUGCUGGGUGCAGUUUCAAAAUGCGCUGCUACAUGCUUGACAUACCCGGCUAUCAGGUGUAAAGUCACGAUUCAGGCUGCUGAUUCAUACGAUAACAAGAGUACUGACUCUGAGAAGAAGGCACAGAAGACAAUCUCUGGAGCACUCUAUACAAUUUGGAAAAAAGAAGGCCUCUUGGGAUUUUACAACGGAUUGCAGGCGCAGAUAUUGAAAACUGUUCUCAGCUCUGCUUUACUUCUGAUGGUAAAGGAGAAGAUCACAAAGUCGACAUGGAUUCUGAUGCUCAUGAUUGGAAGAUACUUUUCUGCCAAUCCCCCCAAAUUGAAAUCAUCUUGAAUUUGCGCUCAAUAUACUACAAACAAUUUCUCAUUUAAAGAUGUGCUAAAGUUAGCUUUGUUUAUUAUGGAGGUAAGUAUUGACAGGUGCAUGGAAUGUGAGUGUUGCUAGCUGUUAAGAUCAUGUUUCUAAAAUAGGAAUACAAAAUAAAAUGAAAAUUCAGAUAAUA